AUGACCACCAUGAAACCAAAAGAAACAGCAACUACACAUGUGGAGAACAUUAGUCCAAACACCCCCGACGAAGAGGUGGAAAAGGACAUGUACACAGUGGAUGACCGGCCCGAGUCUCUGGCGUCGUUGACUGAAGAGGAAAUGCUGGCUGUUGAGAAGAAGUUUGUGCGCCGAAUCGACAUCCGAAUGCUGCCCAUGCUCAUGCUCAUCUACAUUCUCAACUACCUGGACAGAAACAACAUUGCUACCGCUCGACUGGGAGGUCUGGAGGCCGAGCUGGGUCUCACUUCCAUCCAGUACCAGACGUGUGUAUCCAUUCUGUUUGUUGGUUACAUUCUUAUGCAGAUUCCCAGUAACAUGAUUGUUUCCAAGCUGGGCAAGCCAGGCUUGUAUCUGACCAGUUGCAUGUUCAUCUGGGGUCUCAUUUCCGCUCUCACCGCCACCGUCAAUAACUUCAGCGGUCUGGUGGUGUGUCGGUUCUUCCUGGGUUUCAUCGAGGCCGUGUACUUCCCCGGCUGUCUGUUCCUGCUGUCGUCGUGGUACACCCGAAAAGAGCUGGCUCUUCGAACCUCUAUUCUGUACUGCGGCUCGCUCAUUUCCGGUGCCUUUUCCGGACUGCUCGGCGCCGCUAUCAUGGAGAACAUGAAUGGCUUGCGAGGUAUCUCUGGAUGGAAAUGGCUCUUUAUCAUCGAGGGCUCCUUCACCGUUUUGGUCGUGCCCUUUGCCUGGUGGAUUCUGCCCGACUUCCCCAGCACCACCCGAUGGCUCAGCCAGCAGGAGAAGGACAUUGCCAUGUACCGACUGCAACGAGAGGUAGGAAAGGCCGACGUGGACUCUGAACUCAGCGGCCUGGAGUUUGUCAAGAAGAACUUGGGACUCGUCAUCAAGGACCCCAAGGUGUGGCUGGUAGCUGGAGUCAACUUCUUCAACGUUGCCGCCGCCGGAGUCACCAACUUCUUCCCUUCGGUCGUCCAGACCCUCAACUUCUCCCGAACAAUGACCCUGGUGCUCACCUGUCCCCCUUACCUUCUAGCCACCAUUUUGGUUCCUCUUAACUCGUGGCACGCAGACAAGACCGGCGAGCGACUCUACCACAUCAUUGUGCCCUUUUCCGUCACCAUUGCCAGCUUUGUCAUUGCCGCUGCCACCCUCAACACCGCAGCCCGGUACUUUGCCAUGUGCAUCAUGAUCUCGUCCAUCUACAUGGGAUUUGUCGUCACUCUCACCUGGAUGAGUAACACCAUUCCUCGACCGGCCGCUAAGCGAGGAGUCGCCAUUGCGCUCAUGAACUGUCUCAGUAACACCACCUCCAUCUGGAACGCCUACCUGUACCCCAAGAGUGCCGCCCCACGAUACGCUCCUGCCAUGGCUGCCAACUCGGGCUUUUUGCUCGUGGCCAUUGGAUGCGCAGUUAUGCUGUCGCUCAAGCUGAGAAAGAUCAACAAGAAGCUCGACAAGGGUGAAUACAACCUGAUGAAGGAGUUCGGACUGGACGAGGAGGAUCCCGAAGGAGUGGUCGCCACUGCGGGAUACAGAUAUGUUUAUUAG